AUGGUGAAGGUGCGUAUGAACACCGCCGAUGUGGCCGCCGAAGUCAAAUGUCUCCGGAGGCUAAUCGGAAUGCGAUGCUCCAAUGUCUAUGAUCUCACUCCCAAGACGUACGUUUUCAAGCUAAUGAACAGCAGUGGAGUGUCGGAAUCCGGCGAGAGCGAGAAGGUUUUGCUACUCAUGGAAAGUGGUGUUAGAUUGCAUACUACUGUGUAUAUGCGUGACAAAAGCAACACACCUUCUGGUUUUACACUUAAGUUGAGGAAACAUAUUCGAACUAGAAGGCUCGAGGAUGUGCGGCAACUUGGGUACGAUCGGAUUGUUCUUUUUCAAUUUGGACUUGGGGAGAAUGCAAACUAUGUUAUAUUAGAGCUAUAUGCUCAAGGCAACAUCAUCCUCACGGAUUCUAGUUUCACUGUCAUGACUCUGCUUCGAUCUCACAGGGAUGAUGAUAAGGGGUUUGCAAUCAUGUCACGCCAUCGUUAUCCUAUGGAAAGUUGUAGAAUUUUUGAACGAACAACAACAACAAAGCUGCAGACAGCCCUGAUGUCUUCGAAAGAAGGUGACAAUGAUGAGGCUGUUAAGUCCAAUGGAAAUGGAACUGAUGUUUCUAAUGUAGAGAGAGAGAAACAGGGACUCCGAAAAGGUGGGAAGUCACAUGCCACUUUAAAAAUUGUUCUUGGGGAGGCACUCGGUUAUGGACCUGCACUUUCUGAACAUAUGAUAUUAGAUGCUGGUUUGGUUCCCAGUGAAAAAGUGCCCAAAGAUAAAACUUGGGAUGAUACCACUAUUCAGGCUUUGGUUCAAGCUGUUGCAAGGUUUGAAGAUUGGAUGCAGGAUAUCAUUUUAGGUGAACUAGUUCCUGAAGGAUACAUCUUGAUGCAAAACAAAAAUUUGGGGAAGGAUUCUUCUAUAUCACAACCAGAAAGUGUUAAACAGAUCUAUGAUGAGUUCUGCCCCAUUUUACUUAACCAGUUUAAAUCAAGGGAUCAUACAAAGUUUGAGACAUUUGACGCAGCUUUGGAUGAAUUCUACAGCAAAAUUGAGAGUCAAAGGUCUGAACAACAGCACAAGGCCAAAGAAAACUCAGCUCUUCAGAAACUUAGUAAGAUACGCAACGAUCAGGAAAAUCGAGUUCACACUUUGAGGAAAGAAGCUGAUCACUGUAUUAAAAUGGCAGAAUUGAUAGAAUAUAACUUAGAAGACGUGGAUGCUGCUAUAUUAGCUGUUCGUGUAUCUCUUGCUAAGGGUAUGAGUUGGGAUGACCUUGCUCGGAUGGUGAAGGAAGAAAAGAAAGCUGGAAAUCCAGUAGCUGGUCUUAUCGACAAGCUCCAUCUUGAAAGGAAUUGCAUGACUAUACUGUUAAGCAACAAUCUCGAUGAAAUGGAUGAUGAUGAGAAGACACUGCCUGCUGAUAAGGUUGAAGUUGACUUAGCACUCUCGGCACAUGCCAAUGCUCGGAGGUGGUACGAACAGAAGAAAAAACAGGAGAGCAAACAGGAAAAGACUAUAACUGCCCAUGAAAAGGCUUUUAAAGCUGCAGAGAGAAAGACUCGCCUACAGCUUAGUCAGGAAAAAACUGUUGCCUCAAUUUCGCAUAUGCGCAAAGUUCACUGGUUUGAGAAAUUUAAUUGGUUCAUUAGCAGUGAGAAUUAUUUAAUUAUCAGUGGACGCGAUGCCCAGCAAAAUGAGAUGAUAGUAAAGCGCUAUAUGUCAAAAGGAGAUCUGUAUGUGCAUGCUGAACUGCAUGGAGCUUCUAGUACAGUUAUCAAGAAUCACAAACCUUUGCAGCCAGUUCCGCCAUUGACCCUAAACCAAGCAGGAUGUUUCACAGUCUGCCAUAGCCAGGCAUGGGAUUCAAAAAUGGUUACCAGUGCCUGGUGGGUUUAUCCUCAUCAGGUUAGUAAAACUGCACCUACUGGGGAAUACCUGACUGUAGGGAGUUUCAUGAUACGGGGUAAGAAAAAUUUUCUUCCGCCACACCCUCUUAUCAUGGGUUUCGGCCUGCUAUUUCGCUUGGAUGAGAGUUCUUUGGGAUCACAUUUAAAUGAAAGGAGAGUAAGAGGAGAGGAGGAAACAGUAGAUGAUUAUGUUGAAACUGGCCCUGUUGAAGAACAAUCUGAUUCAGAAUCUGAGAAGGAUGUUACUGAUGGAAAAUCUGCUGCAGACUCUGAAAGGAAUGGUAAUUUAUCUGCAGAUGAUUUCUCUGCCAAAGAUACGAGUACAACGAAUAUGCUUGAUAGUGAGAAAUUGUCUGACAUUGGUGGAAAUGGCUUAGCAUCCGUCUCCCCUCAACUUGAGGAACUUAUUGAUCGAGCUCUGGGCCUUGGAUCUGUUGCCAAAUCAAAUAAAAGUUAUGGAGCUGAGAACACUCAGGUUGAUUUAAGCAGUGAGCACUUUAUUGAACCGAGCAAACCUGCAGUAAGGGAUAAGCCAUAUAUAUCGAAAGCUGAGAGAAGAAAGCUUAAAAAUGAACCGAAACAUGUAGAAGCAUAUCCAAGUGUUGAACAUGGGAAGGACGAAUUAAAAACAAAAGACAUUUCUGGUAAUUUCCAUGCAAAAGAUGCUCAAAAUUUGAAGACAAGAGGUGGUAAAAAAACCAGCCGUGGACAGAAGGGAAAACUUAAGAAGAUAAAGGAGAAGUAUGCUGACCAAGAUGAGGAAGAAAGGAAGAUCCGAAUGACAUUAUUGGCUUCUUCUGGAAAACCAAUCAAGAAGGAAGAGACAUCAUUUGGAAAUGAAGCAUUGGAUAAAGGGAAAAAGUCUGACAGUGGUCCUAUUGAUGCUCCAAAAAUAUGCUACAAGUGUAAGAAGUUAGGUCAUUUAUCUCGGGAUUGUAAGGAGCAAUCAAAUGAUCUGUUGCACAGUCAUGCAACCAGUGAAGCUGAAGAAAAUCCAAACAUGAGUGCUUCAAACACUUCCUUAGAAGAUAGAGUGGCAAUGGAUGAAGAUGAUAUUAAUGAAAUAGGAGAAGAAGAGAAAGAAAAGCUAAAUGACGUGGAUUACUUGACAGGGAUUCCACUCCCGAAUGACAUUCUCUUAUAUGCUGUUCCUGUAUGUGGUCCAUACAAUGCAGUUCAGUCUUACAAGUAUCGAGUGAAGAUAAUACCCGGACCUGUGAAGAAAGGGAAAGCUGCAAAAACUGCAAUGAAUUUAUUCAGCCACAUAUCAGAAGCAACAAAUCGGGAGAAGGAGUUGAUGAAAGCCUGUACCGAUCCUGAAUUAGUUGCUUCAAUUGUUGGAAAUGUGAAGAUAACUGCAGCUGGACUUACUCAAUUAAAGCAAAAACAAAAGAAAGGAAAGAAGAGUGCCAAACAAGGAAGUUAG